CGUGGGUUCACUCGUGGUCUUUACCUCUGACUGGUUUAUCAAUAUGGCGUCGUCACCAGACAACGUGGACAUGAAUGACCAGCCUCUUUUAGUUCGUCAUUAUGUAUCAAUCACUCACAUAAAUCAUACUGACUAACAUCGACUCGAGUCACUGUAUGUCGAGCUUCUACAGUGAGCCAUAGCAUUCUGACUUCACUUUUCUUAUCCCUGCUGCGAGGCUUGCAGUCCUAGUUAACGACGGACUUGCAAACGUGCAUCUGCAGCCAAAUGCAUGAUUGGGCAUCUUUUGGUCGCUGCAGAUGCUACGGUAGGCGAGGCACAGAAUGAUUGAUAAAAAAAUUCCGAAAAUUCCUCGACACCGCUUUCUUUCGACAGAGUCAGAGUCAGAGUCAUUCAUGAUCUGCACAGGUAAAAACCUUGAAUGCAUUCCCUGUCGAGGCUCUGACUGCAACUCUGUGCCACGGGAGACUCAAAUCUCGGAUGAAGAGAAAGGCCCUGGACUAUCAAGAGAUGACAGUCCAGGGCCCUUGAAUAUUUUGUAUCAGAUUUGUUACCGCCCGUAUUUUAGAGACUGGUUGCAUUUGGGUCGCCAGGCCGCUGUGGGUGGUGAUGAUGACUGAUUAAAAAUCCGUGGUGUUGUUCAGCUGGUCUUGUCUCUGCGACCUCGUUUUCGCGUAUCACCAGCUCAGCGUCAAACCAUAUCCGAAAGCUCCACACCCACAGAGGAACUCAUCUCGAGACAACUCACUUACAACUCACACAAAGUAUCAGACAGUGUAGUUGACAUGAUGGUCUUGAUCUGGUCGAUCUUGAAUAAUCACGCUUGAAUGGGUCUCUACCGCGCCAGCCUGCUCAAGGCAUCGUCUAGUGUGAUCUCAACCCAUUCACGGCAUGGCUGUACCCAUUAGACUGCAUUAGAAGACAUGAUGCUGCAUACCAAGACGAGGCGAUG